CCUUUCAAAGAAACCAACCAUCUGCUAUGGAGGGCGUAAUGGACAUAGAUGGCAGUGUGUUGGAAGGGGGAGGCCAAGUGCUCAGAAUGGCUAUUGCGUUCAGUGUACUCCAAAGAAUUCCUGUGAGGAUAUUCAAUAUUCGAGUCGGAAGAAGUAAACCUGGACUCAGCCCCCAGCAUUUAAAAGGUUUGGAACUAGCGAGGGAAAUGACAGAUGGUAAGUUGACAGGGGCCCAACAGCGGUCUAUGGAAGUAACAUUUAGGCCCGGCAAACUGAAACCUGGCGAGUAUUUAGGCGACACUGGCACAGCUGGAAGUAUAAGCUUGCUAGUUCAGCUGCUGUUGCCUUGUGCACUAUUUUCGUCAGGAAAAACAGUACUGGAUCUGCGGGGUGGCACAAAUGCAGACAUGGCCCCUCAGAUUGACUACACUACAACUGUGUUCCUUGCCUUGUUGAAAAGAUUUGGAGCUUCUUUCAACUAUGAUUUGAUUUUAAGAGGGUUCUAUCCGAAAGGAGGAGGAAAGCUGAGAGUAGAAAUUAGUCCUGUGAAACAUCUGAGUCCAGUAGAAAUGGUGGAGCCUGGAUCGAUCAAGAGGAUUUGGGGCUCAGCCUACACUGCUGGCAAUUGCCCUCUUGUAGUGGGUAAACUGAUGGCGCAAAGUGCUGAGUCUUUUCUCUCAAGAAGGUGGCGUAGCGUUACACCUUGUAUUGAACAACGUAAGGAAUCGCAAGACACUGCCGUAGGGACUGGAUCUGGAAUUUACAUAUUUGGAGAGACAACGACAGGUUGUAUCUAUGCAGGGACAGCUCUGGGAAAACGGGACGUAAAAGCUGAGAUAGUUGGCGAGGCAGCUGCCAAGGAACUGGACAAGUCUAUAUCAUUAGAGAUCUGCGUGGAUGAACAUUCUCAAGAUCAGAUGAUAAUACUCAUGGCUCUAGCUAAAGGCAAAUCUCGCAUUCUGUGUGGACCAGUUACGUUACAUACCAAGACUGCUAUAUAUGUGGCCGAACUUAUGACAAAGGCUAAAUUCACAAUUCACCCCCAAGACAAAGAUAGAAACAUUAUUGAGUGUGAUGGAAUUGGGUUUGAAAAUGAAGCUUUGUAAUAAUAAAUUUCUAUUUAUUUACUGUUCUGAUUUUGUUUUUCUCUAAAACCAAGCAGGUUGUUGAUUGUAAAAAUUAAAUUUUAAAA